ACGAGCUCGAUUAUACCCAAUCGCUUCCCUUUUCCUGUCUCGCACACGGAGAAAUGUCUGGCACAAUUGGGCGGCGGACAAUGAUCCGAGUAGGGUCGUUCGUCCCGGUAAUGUUGUGGAGCAUCGUUCUGGUCCAUCCCUCUCACUUGCUGGCCGAAGCCGAUCGCGGUAGAGCCUCUACACUCUACUAUCCACUCGACAAUUUACGAAUUGACUCGGUCCGGUCAUCGGAAUACCAAUUGCGCACCGGAACCAUGUUUCGUCGUUGGGGAAAGACAGUGGGGACAAUCACGGACGAUGCCUGGCACCUUGCGGUGCCCUUGGUGUCAUCGCCCGCCAAGCAUGUCAUCGCGGUACGGGGCGGCGGCUACAACCUGGCCAACCUUGUUGACUGGCUCAGUUCCACCAAAUUAAGAUGUUGGCUUGUGCUAUUGGCCAGCAUCACAAUCGAAAGUUUCGCAACCUCGCUCUCGAAAGUAGCCAGAGAUUCCUCGUCUCUGCAGGUAUUCCUGGGAGCGUGCACGCUCUACUUGUCCAGCAUGUGCGGGUUUGCCAUUUGCUUGGCAAAAAUCGAAGUCGGCAUCGCCUAUGCGGCCUGGGCGGCAUUGGGAACCGCCUUUGUGACGGCGUCGGGAAUUCUGUUCUUUCAAGAAGACUGCGACGCAGUCAAAGUCUCGUGCCUUUUCAUGAUCCUGGCGGGGGUGGUGGGUCUGAAUCUUCGGGACUCUCAUUGA